AUGCAGUUCGACGGAGAUUUGGGGAUUGGAAUCCCAUGGGUCCACAACCCCACGUCGGAUGGCUCGCCAGUGAUAGCAGUCCUUGAUAUGGGCAGGUUGAUGGGGCUUACGACGAUUCAUUUAUCGACUGGAUGCGCGGUUUUUGAGAAAGGAAAAGGGGGAGGCAGGAAAAGAGAGAGAACAGGGAAAUUCAAGAAAGCUUUGGAAAUACGAACUCUCGCUGAACUAAUUUUCUCACCUUCUCAAGACCGCAAAGCCUUCGAGACUCUUCUGGCUUGCGGAGAGGGCGGCACUAGCUCGGCCGUAACAACCAAGACGAGUCAAGUGAGAAGUGCGUGGGGAUUGUCUGUUGACGCCGUCCACUUGCUGAGCCACCACCACACGUCACGUCGCAGGUACUUGCGAGGUAGACAGACAACUGAGGUGGCCAAAUUGGCAGAUGAGCAAGCGUAA